AUGGUGGAUGAUAUCCGCUGUGCAGACGCCGAUCUGCAACUGGACGUGGACACCAUGAUCCUCGACUACACACUGUUUCAGUCGACCCAGGCACAACUGCAUUUCCUGUCGGGUGGGCUCGAGGACAACGAAGAGGAGGAGGGUCGAUCACGCGAGGCUCUGCGGCUUUUGACCGUCUUCGACUCCUUCAUACAGAUCUUCAAUGAGCAUCACUCCGACUACGAGCAUAGCCCCGGCUUGACGUUUAGACUCGACAUCCUGGAAUUCUUGGUGCUCCUGUCCGGGUUGUCAUCCGGUCCGUCGCCUCAUUUCACGGAUGAAAUGCUGGAGAAGCUCAAGGUCCGCGCACAAGACGAUAUCCAAGCUCGCCGAAGGUGGCAGGCCGCACGUCAAAGACACUUUCGUAGACCGGAGAAGCGCCCAGCCACAGUUUCGAGAACCGAUCUCGUCGAGAGGGACGUGGAGCGCCAAAUCUAUGAAGCGUGGACGUAUUCACACCCUUCCACUCCCUACUCUGACCCACAGAGCAUCAAGGUCUUGUUGCUUUUCCACCUGGUGCCGCGAUUCAUGGUCAUCUCGGCAAAGUUCUCGGACCUGAUAGACCAGAGUCUCGAGCAGCGCUGGAUGCGAGUCGCGUGUGAACUCAUGCUCCGGACGGGACUUGAGACGUUGCGAUUUCAAACUCUGAACCGUCAAGCAGCCGCUUUGCCAUCACUGGAAGACUGCUUUUCCUGGGGUUACGUCGACCCCAGAGACACGACUGACAUAGGUGGCACGACCGCCUAUAAUGACGAAGUCAUGGAUCUGGUCAACGAGAUGCUCCGGCUGCGCGACGACAGUUCCGGCUACACGGCAGGCGGUAUCGAAGACCCUGAAUGGACAAAGCUACGCAUCAGCACGCUUCAUGAGUUUUCCAUUGUCGCGGACGCUUCUGUCGCGUCUCGAAUGAACCGCUUCGACCGCCUUGCGGAAAAGUAUCCCUUGGAAGACUUCGUGCAGAAGCUGGUCGGCGUGGUGCAUAACAUCUGGGAAUUGAGCUCCCGCGACGAAUACUUGGGGAAGCCGGCCCUCGUCGAGAUUGAAGAAGGGCAUCUCCAAAGCCUAGACAUCGUCGGAGCAGAUUUUGACGGCUUUGCCUCCAAGGUCGGUCUGGUCAGGCGGUUCGAUUCACCUGCGAGGGUUGACGUGAGCUUGGGUGGUUCGUCCGAGCAGAGUCUCAAUGAGCGAUUCCAGCACGAAUUACGGCGUCUCAAGAGACUCAGUGACCGUCAACACAAUGGUACUAGCCCCGUUAUAAAGUCCGAGGAUUGA